GGAGAUAGGCCGCUGGCCGGCUUUGCGCAGCGUGUCCGGAGGUUUAGCUGUUGUAAAGGGUUCGUUAGAUUGGCUGUAGAAUAUUCAGGCGUUUGUCAUCUUUGGGCAAAGAGUGAUGAUCUCAAAGACCUGAAUCCUGGCAUCGGAAGUGUUCUGUUUGACGGCCCCUAUGACUGGGUAGCAGUUGGUAACAGCUGUUACACUUCUAACCCCGCCAUCGAUAGUUUUUUUUUUUUUUUUUUUUUUUUGUUUCAAUGUCCACCACUCACACCCCAAGCCAACAGAUUCCGCCUCGAAUAAAACCAGUCCACCACAAACCCGAAGAAGAAAGCGGAACCCGAAAGAAAAAAUGCCUUCAGUCAAGAACCCCAACAAGGCGUCGAAAAACCGCCUCGCGGCGCGCGCGAACAAGACCCGCAAGCUCCGGCAGCAGCAGUCGGAGGCGGGCAAGGCGGGCGUCGUCAAGGCGGCGGACAAGCGGUGCGGCGCGAGGACGGGGCUGAUGCCGACCAGCGGGCCGAGGAAACCCGUCAGCUCCAAGAAGCAGAGGAAGCUCGAGCGGAAGAUGGGGUACGCGCUCAAGCGGAAGAUGGAGGCUGACGGAGAGGUCGUCAUGAAGGAUUCGUCGGCGGUUGAUGCUUCAAAACAGGACCCGGAAGCGAAAGCAGAAGAGAAAAUGGAGGUCGACGAUAUAUCGUGAAAUGGCCGGGCCACAGGUUGAGUUGCCGAGGAGGAUAGACGAGUCAGCUGGCCGCGACAUGGUUUCUGCCCGCUUCGCACAAGAGACAGCCGGUAUCGUUGGGUGUUGGAAAGCGGACGUCGAGCCUGUUCCCAGAUUGGCGGCG